AAAUAACACGACAGGUCACAUACAUUACAGUCAAAAGAGCGUUUGUCUAAAAAUAUUACUGUGCAGAAAUAAACAUUAUCUCUAUUGUGGUUUGAAACCGCGCGUGAGUCUCUAAAAAGAAAUAAUCUUUAUUUACAGUGUUUGGACGCGCUUCAUUCAGGAAUGUACCAUUCCAUGCGCUGCGCUGUUAUGUUGUGGACGUUAACUGACAAGUGGAAGUAUUUAUCUGAUCUUGAAUAAUGAUUUUGCAGAUAGUUCAUACAAAUGAGUUUAGAUGUGUUAAUAAAACACACGUUGAUCGUAGUAAAGUACCUGUAAUACACAUUCUUGUUGUUAAAAUUUAAUCGGUGAACGUUCUCCCACCGUGCUGACAUAAUGGUUUAGUCAGCAAUGGAUGCCCCUUUAUCGAAGAUAUAGGUUUCUGUUAAUGAGAAGAUGAGUGAACUGAAGGACUGCCCACCUCUGAAGUACUAUGACUUCAAACCUGUGGACCAUGUGAAAGUGUGUCCACGCUAUACUGCAGUACUCAGCCGCUCAGAAGAUGAUGGCAUUGGCAUUGAAGAGCUGGACACGCUUCAGCUGGAGCUGGAAACACUCCUGUCCUCUGCGAGCCGACGUCUCAGAGCGCUGGAAGAACAGAGACAGAUUCUUACAGACUGGCAGGACAAAAAAGGGGACAAAAGAUUUUUGAAAUUAGGGAAGGAUCCAGAUCUCGCAGCAUCUUCUCGUCAUUCCAAGCCCAAAAAACAGAAGCUUGAUGGAAAAGGAAGUCAUGGUCCCGGACCUGGGCCAGGUAGACCGAAGUCUAAGAACAUACAGACCAAGGUUCAGGACUUUGAAUUUGAAGUGGACCCCCAAGAUAUACCUCGCAAUCCUAAAAAUGAUGCUCCCAACAGAUUCUGGGCCUCGGUGGAGCCUUACUGUGCAGACAUUACAAAUGAAGAGAUCAGAGUUCUGGAAGAGCUGCUCAAACCCCCUGAAGAUGAAGCUGAGUACUACAAGAUCCCAACUCUUGGAAAGCACUAUUCCCAACGCUGGGCUCAAGAAGACCUGUUGGAGGAGCAAAGAGAGGGAGCCAGAGCCAAUGACAAGAAGAAAAGCAUGAUGGGUCCUCUUUCUGAAUUGGAUGCUAAAGAUGUAGAUGCCCUACUGAAGAAAUCAGAGUCUCAGCAUGAACCUCCUGACGACGGCUGUCCCUUUGGCCCUCUUACUCAGCGUCUUCUACAAGCGCUUGUUGAGGAGAACAUCAUAUCUCCUAUGGAGGAUUCCCCUAUUCCAGACAUUCCAGGGAAGGAUGAUGGGGCCGGUACGUCACCUCGUAGUCAGGGUAAAGCCUUCAGUGUGCCUCACACACGCUCUCUGGAGGCUCGUAUAAGAGAGGAGCUGGUGUCUCAGGGGCUGCUGGACUCUGAUGAGAGGCAAGGUGUUGGAGGAGAAUCUGAAGACGAGGUGCUGGCUGAGCUGCAGAAAAGACAAGCUGAACUCAAAGCUCUGACUGCCCACAACCGCUCGCGCAAGCAGGAACUGCUCAAGUUGGCACGGGAAGAGAUGCGAAAACAGGAGCUUCGUCAGCGGGUCCGUGUGGCUGAUAACGAGGUCAUGGAGGCCUUCCGUCGCAUCAUGGCAGCCAGGCAAAAGAAACGCACUCCAACAAAAAAAGAGAAAGAUCAGGCAUGGAAAGCUUUAAAAGAGAGAGAAAGUAUUCUCAAACUCUUAGAUGGAUAAAUAUGACUGGCAGCUAUAAUGUGAUGUUUUCUUUCAUAUGUUUGUUGGCUAUGGACACUUCAUUCAGAUAACUUGAAGAACAUGUAAAUGAACAUUGAAUAUAAUUGUUCAUAUGUUAUGACUACUCUCUAUCCAAAAUAAGACCUGACAUGGCUAGUUGUGAUAAAUAAAGGUGUUUGACACUAUGGAUUUCAAGUGCCACUGACUUGACAUUGUUGAUGCCAGAAGUAUGGCACCUUGAGUUUACCAUUUAUUUUUUUGUCUUUCUGUACAGUUCCAAAUGCAACUGAUUACCAGAAUGGUUUGAUAUUGUGAAAUCGACAGUUCUCCCAAAAAUGAAAAUUCUGUCGUCAUUUCAUGUCGUUCUAAACCUGUACAACUUUACUUCUUCCUAAAAAACAUUUUUGGUGACAUUUCUCAAAAUAUAUUCUUUUGUGUUCCUCAGAAGAAAUAAAGUCAUACAGGUUUGGAACGACAUGAAAGCGAGUAAAUUAUGAUGGAAUCGUCAUUUUUGGUUGAACUAUCUCUUUAAAUCUGUUGUCAUAGUGUUGAUAGUAUUUUGUAACUACACGGGAUAGAGAAAGUUAUUUUUGAGUUUUUAUGAGUAUAAGCUUGUAUAAAGGUAUUGUAAGUGAACAUAUCAGCGUUUGUAAAUUCAUGCUUAUGUUGUCAUUUAUUUCAGUUCAUGUUGAAUUUAGUCGUAUGUAUCAGACAUUUUGUAAGCUACUUUUGAACAUUGCUGUUGCAUGUAUGUUUGUUUUUGAAAAUAAAAAGUGAAAUUUUGAUUAAUUAUUA